GGUUUCAUCGUUAGUGCUGAUGUUCGCAUUUCGCAAGGUAUCGGUAUUUCGCAGUCCCGCAAUUUGCGGGAGUUCCGCCGGCUUAUCGCAUUGACGAAAUUGGAAAAAUUGUAGUCGAUAAGAGGUAGUAUCGACGGCUUUAAUGUCCGACCGAAGUUCAGCUCGGGGAGCAUUAGGCCUUCAGUUUGGCUGACUUAAUAAGCCUGUCAGUUUGACUAACUGGCUGGGAUUAAUUGCAAAAAUUAGCUCUAUAUCGGACGAAAAAAAUAGCGUCUUAAGCGUUUCAGUAAGGUCCAGGCGCGUAGUGCUCCAACUGUAAUUCGCGCUAAACAUUUAAGAGUAUAUUAUCCCCAUACUUUUAACCGGUGCUUGAUAGCACUGCAAAGCGCUUAUACUGGGAAAUGGAGCCCGGAGAACCGUCAGGAGCGUCACCAUUACGAGAAAAGUCAAAAGCGGAGGAGGAUAGCGCGGUCGCUCAAGCUCCCGAAAAUGGGGAGACAGUUCGUGAAGACAAGGAAGAAAAUUGUGCUGCUAUGCCAGAAGGAAAAACGGAGGGGGGUAAAUUGGAGGAAGGGAAGUCUCAAGGCGAGGCCCCGUUAAGAGCAGACACGACUUUGGCGGAGUCUGGGGAGAAGCCGCUGGAGAGUGUGACUGAAAGGAAGGGAGCCGGUGCUGGUGGGGAGCAGGGGAGACUAAGUGACAAUGAUGAGGGUGCCGCAACGGGGGGUUCUCAAGGGCCUGCUUCGAGGAAUGAGGGGGAAGUGGGGGAAAAGGAGGGUAAGGCCGAGACGGAGGGUGGACGAGAGAGAAAGGAAAAGAGAGAAGGCGAGAAGGAGGCUGGAGAGGGUGCGGAAGGGAAGGUGAUACCGGGGGGAGGUUCCACCUUGCAAGAGGAUGGGCCAGUGCAAGCGGAGGGUGAAGCGGAGAAAGGAGGGGAUGGUGAUGGUUGUGAUGCGGCUGCGAUGGAAGUGGAUACUCAAGCAGGAGUGACUAAAGCAGGGGCGACAAAAGCGAGUGUGACUGAGGCGGAGGGUGAGGAGAAGGGUCAGGAGAAGCGCGAGGGUCUCGUUGACACUGGCAAGGAGCGUAGUAACGAGGGUCAGGGGGCUGAAGUAGACGUGACUAUGACGAAUGGGCCAGCCGAGGGAGGAGAGGAGGGCGAGAUGAACGGUGUAGGGAAGAAGGGGAGGUGGGAUUCGGGCAAGAAAGCGGAGAGCGAAGGAGCAGGAGGACAGGUGCAACAGCGGGAGCAGGGGAAUGGGGAGAUGGAGAAGCCUGAGGAGGGAAAAGGGAAGAUGGAGGAGCAUGAGGAGGGGCGGAAAAAGGGGGAGGAGGAGAGAAGAGUGCAGAGAGGUGAGGAUGGUAUGGGAGAGCAGCAGAAUGGGAACGCAGAGGUGGAAGGGGAGAAGCAGGGCGAGGUAGGAGGAAAGGAAGGAAAGAAGGUGGAAGGGGAAGGAACGAAGGUGGAGGAAGAGACUAUUUUUGAGGCGCCUCAAAAAGAGAUGGAGGAGCAAGGGUACACGCAGCAGGGUCCAUUGGAGUCGUCACAGCCAACCACUAACACUGAUUCUUUUGUAACUGCUGACACUGCUACAGAUGCUGCUGCCACUGCUACAGAUGCUGCUGCCACUGCUACAGAUGCCACCACUACAUAUGCCACCGCUACAGGUGCUAAUACUACAGAUGCCAAUGCUGCGUAUGCCAAUGUUACAGACCGUGGGACGGCAGGUCUUAUCGCCACAGAAUCUGCUGCUACAGCUGCCAAUGCGGCAGGUAAAUAUGUGGCCGCUACAGCCGCCCCAGGCAGCCCCCCUACCAGUGGGCUGCUCCCAGUGCCAGCAGAGCAGCAGCAGGCGUUGGAAACGCAGCUUCCAGAAGCAGCAGCACCAGCAGCAGCAGCGCAGCAGCAGGAGGCCAUGGAAGCACAGCUCCCAGUGCCGGCAGAGCAGCAGCUGAUGGACCUGCGUCUGCUCGCGCUGCAGAAUGCGGUGCUGCCCCCCCACGAGCAGGGGGAGAGCGCUCAGGCGGAGACUCAUGAUUCCCCGACUCAGAAGGCAACGGUGCCAACAAUGCUUUCAGAGCAGCAGCAGCAGCAGCAGCAGCAGCAGGAUGAGGUGAUGGAAACACAGACUCCAGAAGCAGCAGCACCAGCAGAGCAGCUGCAGCAGCAGCAGGUGAUAGAAACGCAGCUCCCAGCAGCGUUAGAAGCAGCAGAGCAGCAGCAGCAGCAGCAGCAGCAGCACGAGGUGAUGGACAUGCGUCUGCUAGCCAUGCAAAACGUGGUUCUAGUGCAGGCAGCGAACGAGGAAGAGGAGAUCGACGUGCUGGAGGUGGACGAGGAGGAGGAGGAGGAGCUCAAGAAGCAGAUGGGCGUGGGGGAGGGCGGACCCGUGGAGUAUAUGGUUCUAGGGGAGGGAGGAGCUGGGGAAGGGGGGAUGGUGGGGGAUGGGGGGGUGGGGGCGGGGCAGGAGGGUGCUACUCCUGGGGGUGCAGGUUUGUUGGCCCCAGAACACCUGCCGGAUGCUGCUUCAGGUGGAAUCUUAGGUGCCGGGAUCUUAGGUGCAGCAGCCUUGGCGGGUGCAGCAGGUGUGGAGCCAGCAGGUGGCGAAGUUGCUGUUGGGUCAACAGGCUUGGGAUCAGCAGGCGUGGGGUCGACUGGGUCACGAGACGAUGACAUGGUGGCUUCAACCAUUCUAGGCCUGCUGCCCUCCCUCUGCCCCUCCACCCCUGCCGCUGCUGCCCCUGCUGCUGCUCCUGCUGCUGCUGCCACCCCUCCUGCUGCUGCUGCCUUUGCAGGUGGUGCUAGUGUUGCCGCUGGCAGUGGUGAUGCGGCGCCUGAGGUGUUGAGGAGCGGACACGAACAGCAGCAACGGCAGGAGGAGGAGGAGAACGGGGGGGUGCUUGCUGCCGCCACCACCCGUUCGCCUGAAGGGCGGACGGGGAAGAAAGGUGCAGAUUCUGUGAAGGAUCAGCAGCAACAGCAGCAGCAAGCAGUGGGGGGACUGUCAACGCGGAAGCGGAAGCAGCAGCAGCAGGGGGGGGAGAGGGCGGAGGGGGAUGGUGCUCCGUCUCCUGUAUAUGAACCCUUCGACCCGGCUCUCCCUGCCUCCCUCCAAGGCAUCACUCGGCGCACGCGCCAUCGCACCACACGUCCCGCCUCACGCCUGCCGCUCAUGGCCUUGGACGGCCACUCCGCGCUGCUCUCCCCUCCACACCCCUCCCUCCGCAACCAAACCCAAAACCACGAUCAGCAGCAGCCGCGGCAGCAGCAAGAUUCACCGGUCUCCCCUCCUGCUGUUCCUGCUGCUGCUCCUGCUGUUCUUCCUCCUCCUGCUGCUCCCCCUGCUGCUGCUGCUUCUCCUGCGGGCGUAACGGACAGCAAGGAGGGAGUCCUAGGCAGAGGGCGGCGAGCAUCCACAGGCUCGGUGCCCGAAGCACCACUUGACUCUCCAGCUCUGGACGGGCCCGCCUCAGGCCCAGGCGAGGGCUCUGGAGCAGGGGGAGCAGAGGAGACCGUGGGGGCAGGGGAGGCCGCUGCCCCGGCCCCGGCUUCUGCACCGGUGCUGCAGGCUUACCACCGGAGACGACAGGAGCAGCCGCUGAUCCGCUUCUCUAUAAAGAGCCUCUCAAUGCCCGAGCUUUCAGUCUGCCUGCCAGAAACUGCCACUGUUGGUGCGCUCAAGCAAGCUGUAGUAGAGGCAGCUCUAGCCUCUUUUGGCAACGGGCUGCGCCUGCGCAUGGUGUUACAGGGUAACCGCUGCACGGAUGACCAUUCCUCCCUGGCUGACGUGGGCCUCUCGCACGCAGCCCUGCACCAGCAGCAGCAGCAGAAGCAGGCAGCAGCAGCAUCCCUCAGCUUCAUGCUCGACCCAGACCCGGUUCUGCUCCCGCCCCCUCCGCCUCCUCCCGCUGCUACAGCUGCUGCUACAGCUGCUGCUACAGCUGCUGCCAAGCAGGCUGCAGCUGCGGCUGCUGCGGCAGCUGCUGCUGCUGAUCCCGAUCCGCUGUUGCUGCUGUCGCCUCUGGCUCACCCUGGGGAUCCGGGCCUUGCUGCUGCUGUGGCGGCGGCAGCUGCUGCUGAGGGGAGGAAUGGGGAUGCUCCGCUGGUCUCUGUUGCAUCACCAUCCCACGCCUACCCUUCUCACAACACCCGAUCAAGCUUUGCAGCAGCAGCCGCCGCCGCUGCUGCUGCUGCCGCUGCCGCAGCAGCCGCUGCAGCCGCAGCAGCAGCACCAGGCAGCGCACGCAGACACUCAAGCCCUUCCACUCCCCUCCACCCAUCCUACCUCUCCCCCUCCUACCCUUACGCCUCCGCCUCUGGUCCUUUUACUCCAGCUUCCGCCCCUCCUGCCACCACCACCACUACUCCCACCACUAGACAUGCAGCAGCACAGGCCUUAGCAGCGAUUCGCGCACAGACAGAGCACGAGCCAGGGGAUGGUGUGGGAGGAGGGAGAAGCAGGAGGAGGAGACGGAACGAUGACGAAGAUUACCAAGAGGGGGAGGAGGGGGAGGAAGAGGAGGAGGAAGAGGAGGAAGAGGAGGAGGAUGAGGAGUAUGAGGAAGAGGACGAGGGGUUCCGGCUGCCGUUCGGGCGGUAUGCUAAUAGCGGGUAUGCUUCUAAAGGGGCGCAUUCCGGAGCCCUCAUCCUACACCCAUCCGUAUCAGGCAGAGGAAGAGGCAGAGGCCGAGGGGGAGGAGGGGGAGGGGGAGGGGUGGGAGGAGGGGCGUUGUCGUAUGCGGGGAGAGGUGGAGGGGGGGAGAGUGGAGCACUGGUGUUGCAUCCGCAGCACAUGCAGAGAGGGGGCGUGGGGGGGGCAGGGGCAGGGGCGAUGAUGGUGCACCCACGGGGAAGGUCAGCGGCGGGGCUGCAGCUCAUUGAGCAGAGGAGGAGGAUUCGGCGGCCGUUCACUGUGGGGGAGGUGGCGUCGCUGGUGGAUGCAGUGGAGGUGCUUGGCACUGGCAGGUGGAGGGAUGUGAAACUGAGGGCUUUUGCCACUUCAAAGCACCGAACAUAUGUGGACCUCAAGGACAAGUGGAAGACGCUGGUGCAUACGGCUCAGAUCGCGCCACAUCAGCGCAGGGGGGAGCCGGUGCCACAGGACCUGUUGGAUCGAGUGGUGCAGGCGCAUGGGUACUGGCAGGAGCAGCUCAGAAUCCAACGCGAGGAAAGAGACUCGUAACAAGAAUUCACCAACUGCACUCGUAUGCAUCCAUAAGCGAAGUUAAUUUCAUUGCAAGUAGGCUAAUUAACACCAUCUCACUAAGGGGACAUGGACUUGUCAGCAUGUGGGGUGAUGUCUUCUACACCGUAAUGGAAUGCACCAUCCCUCUCUACACAGAGGGAUGCAUGCACUAGUAUGGUACUUAGCUAAGCAUCCGACGGUUUGUACAUUGGUAAUGUACGAGUACGGCUCGACAUAGGCUUUGUUCUUUGUUGCAACACUUGUUAGACUAACACCCAUUGGCAAGCUAGCCUGCAAUCCCUGACCCUGACCCAUGUAGCAACUAGCAUAGUGACACUAAGAAGUGUGUAUCGUAUUU